CAAACGUCACAACCGUCCGGCCUUCCACGUUUGUUUUCUUCCGUGCGGUGGUUCGCGUUUUCCCGUGCUUGUGCCGUAAAUUACUUGUGCCGAGAGAAAAUUUGACCCGCGACUGGAAAAGCCAGUGGCUCAUCAGCAAAAGGUAAUUCACAGGCACGAGACACGAGCGUACAAGCAAGUAGCCUGCACAAAGCGCUCCUGUUCCAGAAAUCUCGCUAUCUCUCUCUCAUCUGCUGAACGGCUGCCGGCUGCGUGCAAAAAAUGCCACCGAAGAAAUUAGCCGAACCAGAAAUUAAGCCUUUGAUCGGGCGCAUCGGUACGAACCUGCGCAUCGGCAUCGUCGGCGUACCGAACGUGGGCAAAUCGACGUUCUUCAACGUGCUGACGAAGAGUGCCGCACCGGCAGAAAAUUUCCCUUUCUGCACGAUCGACCCGAACGAGAGCAGAGUUCCAGUUCCCGAUGCUAGAUUUGAUUACCUUUGCGAAUACCAUAAGCCAGCAAGCAAGGUGCCGGCGUACCUGAACGUGGUCGACAUUGCCGGCCUGGUGAAAGGUGCCGCCGAGGGGCAGGGUCUCGGCAACGCAUUCCUGUCGCACAUCAGUGCGUGCGAUGCCAUCUUCCAUCUGUGCCGUGGGUUUGACGAUCCCGACGUAACGCACGUGGAGGGCGAGGUCGAUCCGGUGCGCGAUCUGUCCAUCAUCAGCGAGGAGCUGCGGCUGAAGGACGAGGAAAAGCUGAUGAUCAACCUGGACAAGCUGGAAAAGCUGGUGACGCGCGGGGGCGACAAGAAAAGCAAGCCGGAAUAUGAAACACUGCUGAAAAUCAAAGAGGUCCUGGUGGAUGAGAAGAAGCACAUCCGAUUCGCCGACUGGAGCGCGCACGAUAUCGAGGUGCUAAACAAGUACCUCUUCCUGACGUCCAAGCCGUGCAUCUAUCUGGUGAACCUGUCGGACAAGGACUUUAUCCGGAAGAAGAACAAGUGGCUGCCGAAGAUCAAGGAGUGGGUGGACAAGAACGAUCCGGGCGCCCCGAUCAUCCCGUUCUCCGGUGCGUUCGAGCAGCAGCUGACCGAGCUGGAGACGGACGCGGACCGGAAGGCGUACGAGGAGGAGCACAAGUGCGUCUCGGUGCUGGACAAGAUCAUCACCACCGGCUACAAGGCGCUGCAGCUCGAGUACUUCUUCACCGCCGGCCCGGACGAGGUGAAGGCUUGGACGAUCCAGAAGGCGACCAAGGCGCCGCAGGCGGCCGGCCGCAUCCACACCGACUUCGAGAAGGGCUUCAUCAUGGCGGAGGUGAUGCACUUCGCCGACUUCAAGGAGGAGGGCAGCGAGGCGGCCGCGAAAGCCGCCGGCAAGUACCGGCAGCAGGGCCGCAACUACGUGGUCGAGGAUGGCGACAUCAUCUUCUUCAAGUUUAAUGCCGGCGCCGGGCUGAAGGAUGCGAAGAAAAAGUGAUACCACCAGGCAGCCACCACCAUCAUCGUCGCCCUGCUCUACAUCAAUAUGAUAUUCUAUGCGCACCUGUUUCUGCCCCAGCUCAGCUAGAAGGCCUAGCAGCCCCGGGGGCUCUGGGUGUGGUUGUGCAUACAUCUCUCUCCUUUCGCUAAAAAAAAAGAAAACCUCCCAGAGCUCGGAUCGAAAGCCGCAAACAGAAAAAGAAGAAAAAAAAAAGAUCGGUUUUUAUCGUACGUUGUACUGCAAAGAAGCUGAAGCAGAAGAAGAAUAAUACGAUCGCAUUGCAAUGGGCUUGCUAACGCUACAACCGUUACUGUGACUGAUCAACUUUAGGAAGAGGAUGCUUGAGGGAAUCAAACUCUUGCUAAAGGGGCGCAUUAAUAUCUUAUUUAUCAGUUGAAUAAAAUUGGAGCACAAAGCUAUCAAAACAUUCGCUUUUUUACCAAUUAAUGUUGGAAACGUGGGAGCUUAGAAUCGGACCUACCCGAUUCCGACUCCGUGAUCGAAAUCAAUUGCCGAACCGAUUCCGAAGUUGAUUCCAAAGCCGAUUCCGGAAUCGAUUCCGAAUUCAGAAGUGCAUCCGGCAUCGGAAUCGACUUGGGAAUGGCAAUUUGUUCCAGAAACGAAAUCAGAAUUGACUCCGGAAUGAGAAUCAAAAUUCAAAUAAGAAGUUUCAGAAGCGAAAUCAGUCCGGGAAUCUCCAUGAGAAUAGAUCGUUUACAAGUAAGUUUGGUUUUUUUGCGGCUAUCAAUACGUCAAUACGGAUCCAAAAGUCUCUUCUUACAGGGUUUCCCACGAUUUUUUGGUCAGUUCCCAUGAUUUUUUGGUGAGUUCCCACGAAUUUUUGGUCGUAUCCCAUGGAUUUUUAGUUCGUUCCCAUAAUUUAUUGGUAUUUUCCGAAUGGAUAUCAAUACAAUUGGACCAAAAAAAUCUGGGAAACGGCCAAAAAAUCGUGGGAACGCACUAAAAAAAUAUGGGAACCAACCAAAAAUUGAUGAGAUCCAACCAAUAAAUCGUGGGAAACCCUGUAU